AUGUCAUCCCUCAACAUAACUCUACGCGGCCACCACAGUGCCCGUCGCUUCCCAGAGCGAGCAAUGAUCCACCUCACCAUAGAAUCAUCCGGAGAGUCCGAAGAGAGCGUCUCAAACGAAGUCGCCUCGACCUGCAACAGCCUGCGAGAAAUCCUGGAAAUCCUAUGUCCCAGAGAAGAAGACGGAACCCCAACACGCGAAGCCGCAGUCUCAAGUAUCUCCUCCAGCCACAUCCACAUCACAUCCAAAACCCCAAAUGCAUACGACCCAAUGGGAAAUGUCAUCGAUGGACCGCGGAUCUACGACGCUAUCGUCACGAUCUACACCAUCCUCCGAGACUUCAGCGAAUUGCAGAAAUUCAUUCAGAAGCUGGAUGGUUAUCACAACGCUAGAUUGAAUAAUAUCUGCUGGUACCUCACUGAUGCUAGUAAGCAUGAGAUUGGUGCGGAGGCGCGUAAGGAGGCCGUGCUCGAUGCUGUCACCAAGGCAAAUCAGUAUGCUCAGGCUGUUGGGUUUGAGGAUGUUACUCCGCUCGAUAUUAGGGAGAUUCAAUCCGAGCCCUUGAGUCCUUCGGCGUAUCCGCAGAGACCUACUUAUCGGCAUUCCAGUGGGGUUAGUUUGACGCCGCAGGAUAUCGUGCUUAAUUGUGCUGUUGAGGUUGCUUUUGAGGCUGUAUGUGAACUUGGAGGUAGGACUGAUUGA